AUGCAGCUCACUCAGCUUUUCGUCGCUACUGGCCUCUUUGCCUCCUCCAUCAUGGCCGCGCCUUCUGCCGGCGUUUCCAUGAUGGCCGCCGGUCCCCAGUGGACUAUUGAGAACAUGAAGCGCACCUGCAACACCGCAAACACUUCCUGCACCUGGAACUUCGGCAUCAACUCCGGCACCGGCGCUGCUACUUCUUGUAACUACGUCGUGAACGCCAACACUGCCUCCCACGCCAACGGUGGCCCCGUCACCUGCGGUGGAUAUACCGUUACCUCCGGCUGGAGCGGUCAAUUUGGUGAGGGUGCUGGCUUCACCACUCUUUCCGUUGUCAACAACAAGGCCCGCCAGAUCAUCUGGCCUGCCUAUACCGACAAGCAGGUUCAGGGCGGCAAGGUUGUCAAGCCCGACCAGAGCUACGCCCCCGCUGCUCUCCCCUAA